CGAGUACUCUGCUUCCAUACAUCCGGAGAAGAUAGGACUCGUAUCCACCGUCAGCUUUCCCCGCACACCCCGCAAUAUCUGGACAUCCUCCAUAAGCUGAACAACAAGCCUCUCAAUAUCCCUUCGCUAGCAAUCUUUUGUCCCAGGUCCAAGACACCAUGUCCAAACGAAUCAUCGUAACCGGCGGCUCUGGAAAAGCAGGCCAAUACAUCAUCGCCCACCUCCUAUCCCAGAACUACUCCGUGCUAAACCUCGACCUCAACCCGCUCCCACCACCCCUCAGCGAAAAGGUCCACACCCUCAAGGUCGACCUCACCGACAAUGGCCAAGUCCACGGCGCCCUCCUCUCCCAUUUCCGCCUCACCGAACCCUUCCGCGAACCCCGCCAGCAAGCCCCCGACGCCGUCAUCCAUCUCGCCGGAUACGCCCGUAACAUGAUCGUCCCCGAUACGGAGACCUACCGGGGCAAUGUCCUAUCAUUCUACAACGUGAUUGAAGCGGCGUGUCGGAUUGGGGUUAAGAAGAUCGUUAUCGCGAGCACGAUAUGCGUUUACGGCGUUGCCUUCGCCGAGGGCGAUGUCGAGUAUCCUUCUUUUCCGGUUGACGAGGAUGUGGAUGCUAAUCCGAUGGACGUGUAUGCGUUGAGUAAGGUGUGUGGGGAGCGUACGGCACGCAGCUUUGCGAGGCGGUUUGAGAAUGAUAUCUAUGUGAUGCGCUUGGGGGCGGUGGUCGCGCCGGAGGAGUUCCAGGAAAGGUUUCGUGGGUAUGUGGAGAGCCCUGGGGAGUAUAAGGUGCAUGGCUGGGCGUAUACGGAUGCGAGGGACAUUGGGCUUAUGUUUGAGAGGUGUUUGAUGGCGGAUGGACUUGGGUUCCAGAUUUUUAAUGCGGUUAAUGAUGAGAUUACGAAUUUUGCGGCGUCCACUAUGGCAUUUUUGAAACAGGUUUGUCCGGAUAUCACUAUCACGAGGCAGAUGGAGGACAGAGAGGCCCCGAUCUCUAAUCAGAAGAUGAAGCGGUUGUUAGGCUUCGAACAGAGGCAUCGGUGGCAGGAUGACUAUGUAGACAAAGGCCACUAAUUACUCGACGUAAGACAGUGUGAGAGAUCAUUGUGUCUAUGUUAUACCUCCGUUAUUGUUGAGACCCAAUUGUCAUACUGAACUGUUGGCAUCCGAAAGAGGGAAAUGAAAAGUCGCUUACAAAAUGCCAAGCAAUCGGGGCAGGAGAUGUGUGAGAGAAAGUCAAAGUAACCAGAAUGGAGAUGUCCUCAUCGAUUUUGAUUUCUAAGCGGCGUAAGCAACGUGCACAAACCGGGCGAAUUCAUCUAUCCGCUUGAUUUAUAAUAUAGAUAUG